AACUCCCAUGUAUUUCUUCCUUGGAAACCUCUCCUGUCUUGACAUCUGCUACAUCACUACCACCAUCCCCCAAAUGUUGCAUCUCCUUCUGACAGAAAGUAGCACCAUCUCCUACACAGGCUGUGUGCUCCAGCUGUUUUUCUUCUUUUCCUUUGUCGGCAUUGAAUGCCUUCUUUUAGCAGUAAUGGCUUUUGACCGCUAUGUAGCAAUCUGCAACCCACUGCGCUAUUCAUUGAUUAUCAAAAGGAAUGUUUGCCUUCAGCUGGCUACUGCCUCCUGGGUGGGUGGUUUUCUCAACUCUGCCGUACACACCUAUUUUGCCUUUCAGUUACCCUUCUGUGGAGACAACCGCCUAGAUGCUUUCUAUUGUGACAUUCCACCAUUGCUGAAAUUGUCAUGUGGGGACAUUUCCCUCAACCAAAAGCUCUUGUUAACCAUUGGGUUGUUCAUAGCCUGGACACCAAUGUUCUGUAUCCUUCUCUCAUAUGUGUACAUAAUUUCAAAUGUUUUGAAAAUACGAUCAACAGAAGGGAGGCAAAAGGCUUUCUCCACAUGCUCUUCUCAUCUAACAGUGGUUCUUCUGUACUAUGGUAGUGCCAUCUUCACCUAUUUGAGACCUGUUCCCACAGAGUCAUCGGUGAAUACAAAGCUGAUCCCACUUAUGUAUAGCAUAUUGACUCCCUUGCUGAAUCCCAUUAUAUAUACAUUGCGCAACAAGGAU